AAUGCAAACCACAUCUUCAACGCGAUUCACUCAUCGAUGCGCCAAUGGGGAUCUUCCUUGAACCAUAAUGGGAUGUCAUUUUUCCUAGCAACAGUACCAGAGGGGACGCAAUUGUAUCAUGGCACGUGGAAAGAGGAGCGUGUGGAUGGCAUGGAGUGGUUGGCGUUUGAACCAGAACACUCUCUUGUUUUUACGCAUAGGAGACCUAGUCGUGGAGGUCCUAGAAGAGGACGGCCAGGGAAGUCUCCUGGUGGGGAUAUGGAGCGUCCAUUCCAUGAAGGCCCCGGUAGUGGUCAUCCCCCCGAUUUCAUCCCAGGCUGGCUGCACACGUACAAAGCCAACAAGGACCUUAGACUCCUAUAUAUAGACGGCAUGUCUGCCGGGAAAACGGACAACGGUACUCUUGACUCCCAAGAUCUCGUCCUCCUCAAUUCCACUGAGCCACACCGUGGCAUGUGGGAAUAUGAGCGCGCACUAGGUUUGUGCGAAAUGGCACAGAAAGAGUGGGAAGGACGCAUUUACGGCAUCGUUCGCAUGGAAGCCGGCUUCGAGAUCAUCCUGUGCAACUUUUCAAAAGAUGUCGACCUUGUGCGUGUUACGCGCGCUGCAGGACCUGACGAUAGGGAUUUCGACGGCUUCUCCAAUAAGAUAGGCCAUUUUCGGUAUAUGGAGGCCGUCGCAGCCAGAUAUCCAGGUAUAGGAGGCGAUAGAGUACGACUCGACUAUGACAAUUUCGUCUCAGCCUUCGCAUACCCUCUGGAACUCUUUAUUUCAGCCUCAGAAAUCGACGAAGCGCCGCCACUCCCACGACUCGUCAACAUCUCGUCCGACGAUCUCGCCAUCGUACGCUCAGACGUCCGGAAUAUGAUCCUCUCCCAAGACGCCGUCACCGCCACGCGGGAGUCCUUUAACUGGCAAAGAGCCGCCGACAUGAUAGUCGCCCGCUACUCCAAGCCCCUCCAAUAUCUAACCUCCGACCUCGUCCGCAAGAACACCACCCUCCUCUCCACGUACCUCGAAGUCCUCCUCCGACCCUUCAUCGACUACUCCGCCCGCCUCCCCCUCGACGAAGCCGCUCGCUGCUCUGCUCAGUUCGCUUCCAACGUACCUGCCGCCAACACUUCCCUAGCCGCCGCAGCCGUCCACGCCAUCGCCGACAAGAUUUGCAGCGUGCUAUCCUCUGCGCUCUCUUCCAUCUCCGAUGAGAGCGAUGACGAUGCCGCGGGUCCGAAAAUUAGAAAAGCGGGGCUAGCGAAUGCUGUGUUCAAGCUAGAUGGAUUGGUGGAUUAUCUGCAAUGGACGAGUUGGAAGCAGUGUCGCGGGUGUGGGGAUGAUGAGAUUUGUUUCGUACCAAUUUGGCCGUUUGGAGCUGUCGAGGAUCAUAAGAGGCCUCGGUGUCUAGAUGCGGACAGCCUAGUGAGCAGGAUGGGGUAUUGGGGAAUAUGGUGGGGUAGACCACCGCCUGACAAAGGAGAAAAGGGAGGAAAGAGGGGG